UGUCCCCAUCAGGGCUCCAAUAAAAUCAGCCCCUUUCCCAUGAAACAUCAGCAAACAUUUUGACGGGUCUGGCUUUCCCCCCGCUGGAUUUCUGGAGUCUCUACCCCCCUUUCCUCCCUUAUUCCCACCUCCCCCCUCUCUCCUCCGCCAACACCACCCCUCUUUGGGCGAACCUCAGAUCCUUAACAUCUCCUGUGACGGGCAGUGGUCACGGAAACACUGAGCGAGACGAGGGGAGAGCCGCCGAGGAGGGGGAAACGUGCACUGAGCCAUUUUCUUGGAGGAGCCAGUGUCGUUGAUGGGAAGAGGAUGCAUUGCGGGCUGCUGGAGGAGCCUGAUAUGGAUUCCACAGAGAGUUGGAUUGAAAGAUGCCUCAACGAGAGUGAGAGCAAGCGAUAUUCCAGUCACACGUCUCUGGGGAACAUGUCCAACGAUGAACCUCUAGUUUUCUGUAUUUGUACCUUGAAGACGUCAUUCACCCGCUCGCCCUCUGCUCUCCUCAGGUACCACUACUACGGCAUAGCCGUGAAGGAGACCUCUCAGUAUUAUGAUGUGAUGUACUCCAAAAAGGGAGCGGCGUGGGUGAACGAGACGGGGAAGAAAGAGGUCACGAAGCAGACAGUGGCGUAUUCACCGCGCUCCAAACUGGGAACGCUCCUGCCAGAGUUUCCAAAUGUCAAAGACCUAAAUUUGCCUGCCAACCUGCCAGAAGACAGGGUGUCAACCUUCAUCAUGAUGUACAGAACGCACUGUCAGAGGAUACUGGACACGGUUAUCCGAGCCAACUUCGAUGAGGUCCAAAGCUUCUUGCUGCACUUCUGGCAGGGCAUGCCCCCCCACAUGCUGCCUGUCCUCGGCUCCUCCACCGUGGUCAACAUAGUCGGGGUUUGCGACUCCAUCCUCUACAAGGCCAUCUCUGGAGUGCUGAUGCCCACCGUCCUGCAAGCACUGCCUGACAGUUUGACUCAGGUUAUUCGAAAAUUUGCCAAACAGCUUGAUGAGUGGCUCAAAAUAGCACUUCAUGACCUUCCUGAAAACCUGAGGAAUAUCAAAUUUGAAUUAUCCAGGAGAUUUUCUCAGAUUCUAAAGCGGCAAACAUCAUUAAACCAUCUAUGUCAGGCGUCACGGACUGUGAUAAACAGUGUCGACAUCACCUUUCAAAUGCUGGAGGACUGGAGGAAUGUGGACUUGGACAGCAUCACCAAGCAGACACUUUACACCGUGGAGGACUCACAAGAGGAGCACAGGCAGCUUAUUAUCCACCUGUAUCAGGAGUUUGACCAUCUAUUGGAGGAGCAGUCUCCAAUCGAGGCGUACAUCGAGUGGCUGGACUUGAUGGUGGAUCGCUGUGUGGUCAAGGUGGCAGGGAAGAGGCCCAGGUUCCUGAAGAAGGUGGCCCAACAGUUCCUGCUGAUGUGGUCGUGUUUUGGGACGAGAGUCAUCCGGGAUAUGACCCUUCACAGCGCGCCCAGCUUUGGGUCCUUCCACCUGAUCCACCUCAUGUUUGAUGAUUAUGUUCUCUACCUGCUGGAGUCCCUGCACUGCCAGGAGAGAUCCAACGACCUCAUGAAGGCAAUGAAGGGAGAGGGCAGCACAGCAGAGAGAGAGGAGGAGUUCACGACAGAAACCACUCCAGCCUCUCCGUCUCCAGCAUCCUACUCUCCCGCUCGCUCAGUCCACUCUGUGGGCGUGUCCUCGGCCAGCUCCCCCACAGCAGCCGUGUCCCCGGAGUACACUGGAGUCACCCCCACCACCGGCGCUGUUCAGUCAUAUACCUGGUCCCUUACAUACACAGUGACAACGGCCAGCGGCUCCACUCCAGAGGCCGGACAGCAGCUGUCCUGUAUGAGGGGCAGUCCUCCACUCCCACCACCAUCCUCCACCCAGCGGAUGCCUGUCUACAGAGAGGAGCAUGGGUAUACUGGUAGCUACAACUAUGGCAGCUAUGCCAACCAGCAUCCUCACUCCAUCCAGAGCCAGUAUCCCAGUCUGGCCCAUGAGCCGGCGAUCACAACCCCCCUCCACUACUCGGCCUACCACCGGUCGUCUGCACAGUACCAGCUCAACGGCCAGAUGUCUCGAAUGGAGCCUUGCUUGAUGGGCAGCACUCCCCGAUUACACCCCGCACCCGUUGCCCCCCGGUGGCCAGAUGUGUCGCCAGCUAACAGCUGUUACACCAGCCCACCUAUGCAUUCAUCCCGCUAUGCCGCCUCUGGGGAACUGUACUCUCCCCUGGGCCCACGCAGGAACUCAGAGUACGAACACUCGCAGCAUUUCCCCGGCUUUGCCUACAUCAACGGAGAGGCCACCACGGGCUGGGCAAAAUAAACAAACCUCUGGACACCUGGGUAAAAGCUCCAGGCCGGCCACACUGGUGGAUGCAAAGUCUCUGAACACUUCCAAUCAAGUACAUGAAACCGGAGGAGCAGAGAGUACAUGGUGAUAGGAAUCAUGGUAUGGACGUUCUGACAAUUUGAAAAGUCUCUGAAUCACUAUCGAUUGUGAUGUAACUUGUGCAGAGGUUUAUUAAAAAAAGAUGUUUUCCUCACUGCUGGAGAAAAAGACAUUUAAAUCAUAUAAAAUGAACUUGCAGUAAAAUCAUUUUAGGAGUGCAAUGCUGCUGCCAAGCUGUGCCUUUUGUUUUAAGGAAUGUUCACCUCUGUUUCCCUUGUCAGUCUCACAAGUCAGCACACAGAUCAACACACCAACCUUCAGUUAAGUCAGUGACGGAUCAGUGUGCUGUCGGCCUUCACUGACUACACUACAACCUCAGUGACACCGCUGUCUCCUCUUGUUGCUCAGCAUUGUGCAGCAUCUUAUUAUUGACCCGCUGCAGGAUGUGGAUGAACUGUACUGCCUUAAAGUACAUUUUGGACAACAGUUGCAUACAGUGGCACACAGACAAAACACAACAGGGAUGUAAACUCCUUAAUUGAUGUGUUCAGGUGUCUCCACCUUGAUAGUUUUUUAAAUGAUUGAAUGCAGUGACUCAAAAACAACUUUGCGUCUGUAUUCUGUUGCGAGAUUUUUUGCUGUUUUACUGUGACUAUAUAUAUAUAUAUAGUAUGUAUUUUCUGUAACUUUGUAACAUGGUGUAUCCUUUAUUUUCUAUGUUACAAUUGGUACUCUGUUUUGUAUGGUUAGUGAAAGACGCAUUAACCUAGGGUUGUGUGUCUUAUAAUGCACUCAAAGCUACUGAGGACCUAUUACCCUGUGGGUAUUUAUAAAAAGGGAAAUUAUCAAAGUGUACAGUAACAUGAAGUCUAGUCACUUUUCUGUAAAUAAAAGCACUGGAAACCGUC